AUGGGGGCCCCCCAAGGGGCCCCCUUGGGGGCACCCUAUGACUCUUCGGGGGCCCCCGCUGGUCUGUUGGGGGCCCCGAGGGGGGCCCCCUAUCAGGCUGAGGUAUUAUCUUUUGUUAGGUCCUUGUGGCCGCGGUGGGUUGAGCCCCACGGGCUGCUGCUGCAACCCCGCGGGGCUGCAGCAGCUGCAUGCAAGCAGCAGCAGCACCAGCAGCAGCAGCAGCAUCAGCAGCAACAGCAGCAUCAGCAGAGUUGCUUGUGCGCUUUGGCAGCAAAGCGACUGCUGCUAAAGACGUGCUAUGGGGUCUGCUGCUGCUGCGGCUGCAUCGCAACCACCCAGCAGCAGCAGCAGCAGCAGCAGCAGCAGCAAGAUGACGAAGUCGCUGAGGAUUUUCUGCUGCUGCCCGUCUCUUCAGGUGACGCCCCACCCCUUGCAGAAGUAGCUGCUUUGCUGCAGCAACAGCAGCAGCUGCACCAGCAGAAACAGCAGCAGCACCAAAUCCAGCAGAAACAGCAGCAGCAGCAAGUCCAGCAGCAGCAGCAACAGCAGCAGCAGCAGCAAGAGAUGGCUAUGGGCCUCCCCGCAGGUAUGGAGAAGGCAAAAGUUUGCUUCGCCAUUGUACAGCAGCAGCAGCAGCAGCAGCACAACCAGCAGCAGCAGCAGCAGCAGCAGCAGCACAACCAGCAGCAGCAGCAGCAAGAAGAUGCGUCCGAGCGGCAGGCUCAACUGCUGCAGCCUUUGCUGCAGCACCUGCUGCAGCAGCAUCAGCAGCUGCUGCUGCAGCAAGAAAGCCAGCUGCUGUUGCUCCCUAUCGGAAGGUGA